AGCACUGAAGUUUGGUCCCUUCAGUCUGACAAAGGACAAUAAUCCGUUGGAAAGACUGCACUUCGUUGCAUUUUAUCCCGGUCAGCAGCCUCAAGACACGAGGGAAGAAUAUAUCUAUUUGUGGUGCAUGAAUGAGCUCCACAAUAGGCGGAACAUCUGGCAGCUCUAUAUCCCACCUUACCUAUCGUUGAAAGACAAAGAAAGGUUUGAUAUCCUAUCCCAAGAGCAACCGCCCGCAGACAUCAAGAGCUGGAAUUCAUUAGCCGAACUCCACAUGCGCAGGCGACUGUUCGAGCCUUUGUGUGACGCAUGCCAUCACUUUGUCAGUGACGUCCUUCACCGUUGUAUAGACUGUGAGCGCAAUGACUAUGAUUUGUGUGUAGAAUGCGAAUCUCUACCGGUUUCAGAACAUCAAUACCCAUCCGACCACAAGUCGACGCACAACAUGCUUGUUUUCCGCAUGUCGCUACCGCAUAGUUGCUACUAUCGAGUCCAGUGGCAUGCUAGGAAUUAUUUGUCUGCUUAUAUGUCCAAUGCACCACCACCAGAAGGGCCAUCGACUGUGCAAGAAGACGAAUCUCGGAUACAAUCAAAUGAGACAGAACUUCCGCCUUCGACAGAGGUCACUCAAACGGAUGUGUCUUGCGCCCCCCUCGAUUCGCCGGCAGACGACGAGGAGUUAAGUGGAGACUCGGAAGCGGCAUCCGGGGGGAUAGUUGAAGUUGAAACCUCAGUUGCGGAUGGGGAGGCUUAUACUUGUGCUGAAUGUGGCGUUGAGAUGAAGGGCAUCUUUUAUGUAUGCCUUACCUGCGGAGAAAUCCAGACCGUCCAUUGCCUUAUGUGGCGAUUGUGCGUUCCGCGAUGUAUUCAAUGUGGUCACAGCACAUCCACCCUCACAAACACUGGCUGGUCAAGAUUAAAGACAUUGUUGAAGACGCAGGUGGAGCAUCAGACGAACCUCCCGAUGACUCGGACGAGACAAGUUCGCUUUCCUUACGAGUCGACAAGCUGGCUGCAAUGGUGGAAUCUCGCUUUACUGAGCAGGAUCGCCGCCUUGAUGCACUUAUCACGCAGGUUGAUCUACUCGUGCGUAGUCUAGCUGGAUCGACGGGAAAAGCACAGCUUCCCUUGGAGUCCGUCUCGAUGAACGCUAACUUGCAAUGUACCUCGCAUAAGCAAAUGGUGAAAUAACGACGUCCAUUAAUAUUGCCACGAAUUACGGAAUGUUAUCUCCGGCCUUGCAUGUAGCGUGCGAUCACAGUCUAUACACAGAUCGCUACAACAAUAGUCAGUUCAAUUCAGUGAAGAGUCAUAAA